AUGGUCUUCGCCUUCACCCUCCCGACCACCUCGCCUCUCUCCUUCCAAUCUUUCAUCACGUCAUCUACACAUCCAUCCCUCCCCCAAUCCGCCUCCACCGCCCGCCAUGCCCUCCGCCUCGCCCUCAAGGCCCACAAGCGCCUACCCCGCGGCGCGCGCCAGGACGCCCACCUACCCACCGUGCUCUCCACACUGACCGAAUACGUACCGUAUAUCUUUGCAAUCUCCCACGGUCUAAGUGGUAAACCUGUCCAAUAUGAUUCAACCACCAACGCAGGUCCGCGCUCCGGCGAAGAAAUCGAGAUCACGCUGCACGCGGAGAUCGAGUCUGCCUGGCGUCCGACGUUGUCUUCUGCCGGCAGUCUACUGAAUAACACCUCUGGUUCCAAGACAGGGGCAGCGCGCACGCGGAAUGGCCGAGUCCUAGGGCGCGGCAUUGACUUUGAGAUCGCGUUCACGCUCACCACGAUGGGGUAUGUGUUGAGUCGACUGGCGAGAAUCGGUGUCGUGGACGCGAUGUAUGCGUCCGCGACGCCGACAGCUGAGCAGCUCACCGCUGCUGUGCAGAGUGCCACGCGGAAUUUGCUACAAGCCAGCGCGGUGCAUGGGCUUCUUGCGUCGUCGCCUGCUUUCACUGUCGCGACGGGACUAUCUGUGCCAGAUCUUGACCCCUCAACACAAUCUGCUUUAUCGUCGCUCGCCCUGGCCGAGGCUACGCUGUUGGCCGUUCUCAAGGACGAUGCCUAUGUCGUAGCGUGCAUCCAGGCCCGCAACCCGAAUGACCGCGAGUGGAUGGUGCGCGCGCCGGAGAUACCCAAGGUGCGCGCUUUGCUCUUUGCGCGGUUAUGUGUGCGUGCGGCCGAGUAUGCGGAGCAGGCUGCUGCAGGACUUGGAGCUGUUGGGUCUGCGUCUGGUCGUGGUGGCCGAGUCGAUGAUGAUUUGGUUGGAUAUACGGGGGUUCUAGGCCGAGUGUCCCGAGCUCGUGCGUGCCGCUUUUUCGGAGUUGACGCCGAGUUGGCCGGCAAGAUCGGUGAAGGGAUCGCAUGGUUGCGCGCAGCGCGUACUCCGCUCGGACUGCGUGCUGGUUCAGGUUCGUCCGCUGCUGGGACAGAGGAGUCUGCACCAGCGAAGGGAGGGCUCUCGCGUUUGAAGCGUGAGUGGGCUGAGAGGAGAGAGGAGCGCCGCAUCAGCAAAGACGCAGGUGGAGGGCGUGAGCGGAGCGACAAGGGCGGCGCCCUAGAUCCCGGGGACGAUGCUGGCCGCGAUGAGGAGGGCCGAGUGAUUGCCAUGCUGGAAAGCAAAUGGGUACACAUGAACGAUACGAUAAACACCCAGCUCAUCCCAGCUUCUGCGCCACUACUUUCGAACCUCCCUUCUGGACGAGAUAUACACCCCGCGCCAGCUCCGUAUAAGCCACCCGCACUGGACGGAGACCAACUGGUUCGCAUGCGCGCCCCGCCAGAUGAGAAUGAGGACCUGCAUUUUGGAAGUGACCCAAACGACAGCGACGAGGAUGUUUCUGUUCUCCCGCAGAGUCACGGCCCGCCUGGCGGAUUCCCGGAUCGGAGUGAGACGGCCAGUACUGCCUAUUAUUGA